AUGUGGAUUUUGUACUCGGGUUCCAAAUGUAUUUAUUGGCACGGUUGUAUUCUUCAAUCAGUUCUUCAUGACAUUCUAUAUUCGAAUAAUUGUAUAUGGAUGGCGAUCUGUUCAACGGGUGUAAAUCUUUAUAUUCUAACAAUCAUAACAUGUUAUAUGCUAUUUAUAUUACCUGAAAAACAAUUCAAUAAUUCAUAUCUAACAGAAAAACAAUAUUUAGUAGAAUUUAUUAAUAAUAAACCUGUUCGUAAUAAAUCUAUUCCAAUUAGAUUAAAUAUGAUGAAUAAUAGAAAACGUUCUAUAAAAACAAUAAAUGAUUACAUGAAUAUAAAAAAACAAAAACAUUCUAAUCCAUAUAUUAGUACAUAUAAAUCUAAUUUAUCAUUACAAACAAAAUCAUUAUCAAAUAUAUUUACAAAUAAUUUAAAACAAUCUCAUAAUUCACAGUCUAUCAUAACAAAACAAUUAUCAUCUUCAUUAUUAUCCAAUAAGAAUGAUAUAAAUGAACCAUAUUUUGAUCCAAAUCAAUCUGUAUAUAUCACUUCAAUUAUAAAUAAUACAGCUAGAAUUCCUUGUAAAGUAAAAAAUAUUGAUUUUUCUUCAACUGUUAUGUCAUGGUGGAAAGAGGAUUUGCCGACACCACUAACAGUAGGUAAUGAAAUAUCACUUCCUCGUUAUGAAAUUGAUCGUACCGAUCCUGGAUCUUGGACACUGAUGAUCUUUCAUGUUACUGAAACUGAUAGUGGAACAUAUAUUUGUCAAAUUAAUCUAGCCACCAUAAAAGAGAAAUUUUUCUACCUCAAAGUUAUCGCUCAGAAGAAUGAACCGGAUAUGACAAAAUUAAAUGAUGAAUAUGUCAAAGAGGAAAUAGUACAAAAUACAUUAUGGAGAGCAUCAAGUAAACAAAAAAGUGUUCAUAUCUUUAAUAACCCUGGUCAAAACCAUCAUUUAACAUGUCUUGUUCAAUUUCAUCAUCCAACCACAACAUCAUCUAUUCAUUGGUAUUAUAAUGGAAAUAGAAUAUAUCCGAAAUUAGAAAACAAUUAUUUAAAAAUAAAAGAAUUAUACGUAGAUAUACAAACCAAAUGGAUUAAUCGAACAACACAAAUGAGUAGAUUGAAAAUUGGACGAUUAACAAAAAAUAAUUCAGGCAUUUGGACUUGUCGUAAAGUUCCUGGAACUAACUUAGAAUCAUUAGAAGAGAGUUCAUUGGAUUUACAGAAAACAAAUAUUAAAACUGAACCAAAAGAAUUGUAUGAUACAUUCAAUGAUAAUACUGGCAAAUCUUUAGAGACAAGAUUAUUACCUUUGCAUAUUUAUACUUAUUUCAUGUAUUUUUACAUUUUCUAUACCAUAUUGUAUUAUUCUUAUGUAUAG